GGGGUGCGCCACAGUUGAGUGCAGAGCGGCGUUGGUCUCCGGCGGUGCGGGUCGUGUCUCAGUGUUCUCGGUUUUCUCCGGUGACUGGAUUCAGGCGGUGUGAAAUAUGAGUGACCAAGGCAAGAAGACUCCCAAGCCUUCAGGGGGAGAUGAUAAAGAAACCCCCCACCCAUUUGGGCCUGUGGUUCUAUUUGCUGUGAAGAAAUCUCAACCGAAAGUGCUACUGACCAAGACUCAGCUCAUUAAACUUGGCCAAAAGAAGGAAAAUGAAGGAGCAACUAUGAAUACUCUGGAGGGGAAAGUUGAAGGGCCAAAGACUGGACGUGAACGUGGAGAUGGCCUUGAUGUCAAGGAGAAGAAUCUGUCUCAUCUGGAACCUCUGAAAAUGCCCGAAGCAGGUGACAAGAAGGAAAAGGAGUAAAUGAAGACUGAAGCUAUACAUACCACUCCUGUAUUAAAUAUUCAGCUUAUACAUGCUGCUGUUGUAUUAAAUAUCUGACUACAAAAAUUCAAUAAAGAUUUACAGCUGUGUGCAAAAAAUUUUCAUGCA